AUAACUAAUAGCUCGUACGGUUUCGAUAUUUGCUAUAUAUCGAAAUGCAAAUCAAGCCGAAAUCCAAAGUCGAUUUGAUGCACAUUCUCCACUUCCGGUGAACACCACGCACACACAUAUAUAUAUAGUAGCGUCGUAUCUAUAUAUAUGCGACUCCGUCUUGGCGCGGCAUUUCUCAUGCGUUUUUGGGAUCCAGAACCGUUACGACUUUUUGGCGGUAAACAGCUCGGAAAGUGAUUUCUGACUCUAGUACAAUUUUUUGGUGACUUAAAGAAAUGCCGCCAAAGAAAACGACGAAACGGCCAGCUCCAGCUGCGCAAGAGCCCCAACAGGACACGAAACCUGUGAAGCGUUCUAGAAGUAUCAAGGUUAAGAGUAAACUGGAAAAAGCCGUGGAAAACGAUGAUUCUAAAACCAGGCUCAUACUGCGUGAAAUCACUACAGGCGGCAUUGUUCUUGCAUGUGGCCAAGGCGAUGUUGGACAACUUGGUUUAGGAGAAGAUGUGCUUGAAAAAACUCGUUUUGCUGUGAUUCCUGAUCAUACAAAUAUUGUUGCUAUAGCAGCUGGUGGUAUGCACAAUGUCUGUUUGACCAAAGAAGGAAAAGUCAUGACUUUUGGAUGUAAUGAUGAAGGGGCUCUUGGUAGAGAUACAAGUAAGGAAGGUUCAGAAACUGUCCCAGGUUUUGUUGAACUGCCCGCUCCUGUCAUCCAAGUCACAGCUGGAGAUUCACAUAGUGCUGCCCUUCUGGACGAUGGUCGUGUAUUUAUUUGGGGAUCCUUUAGGGAUUCACAUGGGACUAUGGGAUUAUUGACAAAAGACAAUGAACGUUUUCCCGUUGAAAUCCAACUACAGAAGAAAUUUAUAAAAAUAGCAUCAGGAGCUGAUCACUUAGUAUUAUUAGAUAGUGCUAAACACAUUUACACUUGUGGCUGUGGUGAACAAGGCCAACUUGGUCGUUUACCAGAAAGAAAGACUGAUAGACAUAGUCGUCAAGGAGUCAAUCAGCUACUUUCACCAGGCCAGGUUUAUUUCAAGCUAGGUAAACAUGUUGAAGUUGAAAAUAUUUGGGCUGGUACUUAUGCCACAUUUGUAAAGGCCUCCCACAGUGGUGACAUAUAUGUCUUUGGUUUAAAUAACUACAGUCAAAUAGGUCUUAAAGGAGUUGACAAACAAUUCCAUCCAAAAGUUUCUAAGACCUUGAGCAAUAAAAAUUGGACUCAAAUUAGUUCGGGACAGCAUCACACUAUUGCUUUAGAUGAUGAAGGCAAAGUUUUUGUUAUAGGUCGUAAAGAAUACGGCCGUUUGGGUCUUGGUCCUGUGGAAUCUGACGCUACAGAACUCACUUCUGUACCUACUCUUGAACAAAUGAAGUGUGUUGAUGUUGCUGCUGGUAGUGCUCAAUCUUUUGCUGUGACUGAAUCUGGAAAACUUUAUGCUUGGGGCAUGGGUACCAGUGGUCAACUUGGUACCGGUGAGGAAGAAGAUGUUGAGGUUCCCGCAAUAAUAGAAUCCAAACAGUUAAAAGAUGUGAAAGUUCUUCGAGUAUCAGGAGGGGGUCAGCAUACUAUUGUUCUAGCAUUGCCAUCUUCUGCAGUGAAUGAAUCCGUGAAAUAACUGUGGUUUUGAUUUGAAAUUUGUAUGUAUGUUUGUUUGUUAGUACCUAAGAGUGAGUGUUGGUGAUUCAAAUUUUGACAAAGACUAUGCAUUCAGAAAAAGGAAAAUAUUAAAAAAAGGCUAGUAGUGAAAUGAAUGACAAAUGCAACUCAAGUGCCACAUCUAGAAUGGAAAUUUUCCAAUCAUGUAUUUAUGAAUAUUCCUAAAUUAAAAAUUUCCAUUCAUAAAUAAUGACACAUUAUGUUUAUAAAGUAGGAAAACUUUGUAAUAUGCUUAAAAUCUUAUUAAAUUUAAUUUGAAAUUUUUUUACAAUUGUGAAUAUUAAUUAAUUGUUAAUUAAUGCCAAUAUUAUCAGUUCUCUUACUUGCUAAUCUGUUGUGAAGUCAAGAAUUUGUUUAAGAAGUUUAAUUGUUAAAUAGCCAAACUCCUUAACAAAUAAUUGUUAAUUAGACAACUAAAGAACUGAUAAAAGGCAUUCGAUUAAUUCACGCAAAUAAUUUCUAGAAGUAAUGUAUUAAUGUAUAAAGAUUUUAAGCAAGUUAUGCGAGCAUAUAUGUAAUUUUUACAAUAAUCAAGUUUUUGUUAUACUAUGCAGCAAUGUGUGUACAAUUAAGUUUUUUUUCUAUUUGCUUAUCAGCACUAUUUUAUUUACCAUAAUAUCUUGUAAACAAUUAUUAAUAUAUGUAUCAAGAAUUAAAUGAAUUUUGUACGAACCUAAAGACAUAGUUACGGUUGUCUUGUUGAUUACUUAAGCGCUAUUUUCAAUAUUUGAAAGUCUUUGCGCUGAAUAUAAUAAAGAUGUACAAAAAAUCAAGAAUUUUUGAAAAUAAAAUUUUUUGUAUCUAUUAA